ACAGGUGUAACCCCUUGCUUUCUGGCUCCUCAUCUUACAGUCAAAAAACACCUGAAUGGCUGGUGUGGCAACCCAGUCUACUUCAGUGUAGGCCUGCCUGCUAACUGCUGUUCUAACCCCUCCUGGCAAGAUUAAACAUUUUUCAGCUGUCUUUAAUUUAGACACUUAACCUUUGCUUAAAAGAAACGCAGACAUUUUCCAAGCCUCCAAAUCAAAUCUUGUUUCCAAUAUUUGGGGGGUGGGGAAGGAGCUAACCAAAUUUCAUACAUAAGUGUGACCAAAAGAUCCAGAUUUCAUAUCCUGUAGCUGGGAAAGCCAUUACCUAAGCUCACCCUUAGCUCACAUGACACAUUUCUAGUCAUAGAAAACACAUUUCUCUAAUGCUGCCAUUUCAACCCAUCAAGGUCAGAUGAUGUGGUGCUAGGCACGCUGUGGAAACCUGGAUAAGAUAUGGCAACAGACAUAUAUCAGAUUGUGAGUCUUAAAAGCAGGGGCAUGUGUGUGCUGUGGGAAGACAGAUGUUAAGGUGGAUAGUGGGGAAAAGUCUGUCCCUUCAUGUAUUUGUUUCCUGGCUCUAAAUGUUCCAUACUUUCCCAGCUAGCAGGGUGUUUUCCUGUGGCUUGUUACCCUGUGUCAAAUGUCUGCAAUGUGCUGGGAGAAACUGCCUGGGAGAAGGAAGGUGAAUGAAUUAAACCUGUGCCCAUUGACUUGGGGUACACCCCUUAGCCCAGGCACCAGCAGGACCUAGGCCUAAGCCUGUCAAGGCUUUUACAACCGUAUCAGAAACAGAUAGGAUGGGAAGUUAGGAUUGCAGUGGUUUAAAGCAAAGCCACAGGCAGGAUUUAGGACUCUGCGCUUCAACAAUUGAGCAUGAGGGGAAGAAAAGGCUGGGCUCCAGCUCUCAGGAGCCCCAGCCUGAGGAAAGGAAAGGAAACCCAGAGGGCUGCUGAAGGGCUUUUCCCAGAGCCGGGGCAAGAAGCAGCCCUCGAGAACAGCGAGGGGCGCCGUGCCUGCCAGGGGCGCGGGGAGUACUGCGGGCUGGCAGGAUAGGAUAGGAUAGGAUAGGAUGCGCUGCGCUCCGCUUCCCCCGCCCGUCCGCAGCCGGCGCGGCUCGUGAGGUGGGAGCGGGCUCAGCUUCGCUCCCUCCCGCGGGCCGGAUCCGGCCGCAACUUGGGGGCUGGGGGGAGAUCCCGGCUCCUCCCUCGCGCCCGGCUCCUGCACCCUUCAGCCCUCCCUGCCAUGCCCGGGACCCUCCCCCUCCGCAGCCGCGGGCGACCUGCAGCUCCCGGGCCCGGCGCGGCGUGACAGCGGCGGGAGGAGCGAGCCCUGCGCGGGGCAGCAUGGCCUAGGCACCCCGGGCGGGCAGCCGCCGGCUUGGGCUGGGGGGCCGGGGUCUCCCCUUCAGUUUUUCUUCUCUUUGCACCCAGUGGCUGGGGCUUCCCCGCUCUUGGCAGCGCCUCCCUGCCCUGGCGAGCCGCGGGGAGGGGGGAGGGAGGGGGGGGAAGCAUGGCUGUGAGCGGCGGCGGCGGGGGCAAAGGCAGCCGCAGCCCCGGCGGGGAGCGGAGCGGGCCCGACUGCAAUGGGUAUCGCCCUCCUGGCAGCGGGCAGCCGCCGGCGCGGGCCGCCGGGACGUGCUGGUGGGCGCGGGCGCUGGCGCUGCACAAGAUCCGCAGCUCCCGGAAAGUUUCCUGGGCCGUGUGCGCCGGGUGCCUGUGCUUGGCGCUCGCCCUGCUGCUCCGCGCGGGGCUGGAGGAGGAGGAGGAGGACGGCGGCGGCGGCGGAGAAGGAGGAGGGGAGAGGGGCUCGCCCCUGCCCCGCGCGGGGCUGCAGCCGGCCGCGCUGCUCGGCAGCCUCGUGGGUGCCUUCUUCUGGAUGGGCUGGUACUUGCUGCGCGCCGGGGUCCGGCCGCACACCGCCGCCUGGCUGCUGGCCGCCUGCUGCGGGGGGGAAGCGCUCGUGCAGCGCGGCUUGGCGGUGGGGGAGGAUCACUUGCUCUCUUUCCCCGCCACGGGGGUGGUGCUGAGCUGCCUGGCCGCCGCGACAUGGCUGGUGCUGAAGCUGCGGCAGGGCGUCCUCAUGAUCGCCGUGACUAGCGCCGUCCGGACCACGGCCCUCGUGUCCCUGGACAGGAUCCAGCUGGCCUGGAGACCCUACCUGGCCUACGCGCUCGGGCUGCUGGGCAUCCUCCUGGCCGGCUCCGCGCAGCGCCUCCUGCCUCGGCUCGGGCCCGGGCCCCGCCAGCUCGCCGGCGCCCCGCUGCCCCGGCCGGACGUCCCGGUGCUGAGGAGGCGGCGGCGCUCCAGCUCCAUGAUCUCCGCCGAGAUGUCCGGCUGCAGCAAGUCGCAUCGCAGGACCUCGCUGCCCUGCAUACCUCGGGAGCAGCUCAUGGGACAUUCAGAAUGGGACCAUAAACGAGGACCCAGAGGAUCACAGUCAUCAGGCACCAGUAUUACAGUGGAUAUUGCUGUCAUGGGAGAAGCGCAUGGGCUCAUUACAGACCUGUUGGCAGAUCCCUCAUUGCCACCCAAUGUGUGUACUUCCCUGAGAACAGUGAGCAAUCUGCUUAAUACACAGUUAACAUUCCAGGCUAUUCAUAAGCCAAGAAUCAACCCUUUGGUGUCAUUCAGUGAGAACUAUACUUGCUCCGACUCAGAAGAAUGUCCAGAAAAAGGAGAAAAACUGGCUAUACCCAAGCGCUUACGGAGGAGUUUGCCUCCAGGUCUACUGAGACGUGUGUCAUCAACUUGGACAACAACAACAUCGGCAACAGGAUUACCUACCUUGGAGCCAGCACCAGUGAGAAGGGACCGUAGUGCCAGCAUCAAACCUUAUGAAUCUUCUUCAUCCAGCACUGACCCUUGGAACAGCUCAAUUCUGAUGACCAUCACAAAAAGCAGAUCCUUUUCAGCCUCCUAUGCAAUGUCUGCUACAAACCAUUUGAAUUCCAAAAGGCAAACCCGACAAGGUAUCCCACCAAAUAUUUCACCUCUCACCUCUCCAUGCCAUUCCCCUAUCCAGGGGACUCCAGCUACCAGUCCCACAGGCAAAACCUCUACAGUCCAAUUUCCAGACGCUACUGACACCGACACAAAGGAAGGCCUGAGGCCACACAAGGUUUUAACUUCUACGCAGAGUGCACCUAACCUUUCAGAGCAGACUUUACCACCCCCAGUUAUCUGCAGCAGUUGUGGCAGACCAUAUAACCAGAGAGAUUCUGGCGAUGCGACGCUGGAUCAAGGUGAUGGAACAACAACACACACUGUGAACAGAACAGAUGAUCCAGCUCAAGCCACCUCUGACUAUGAAACCAACAACAGUGACAGCAGUGACAUCGUACAAAACGAUGAUGAGACAGAUUGCUCCAAAGAACAGAUACAGAAGGGCUCUGUCUGCAGGACGUAUGCACCUGAGUCCAUCAUAUUGCACCCUUUAUUGCCACCUGAGGACAAGCCUAUUAUUGCUCCAGAGCCUCUCGUUAUGGACAACUUGGAUCCCCUAAUGGAGCAACUGAACAGUUGGAACUUCCCAAUCUUUGAUUUGGUGGAAAAAAUAGGGAAGAAAUGUGGUCGAAUCCUCAGCCAGGUAUCAUACAAGCUUUUUGAAGAUAUGGGUCUGUUUGAAACCUUUAAAAUUCCAGUGAGGGAGUUCAUGAACUACUUUCACGCACUGGAGUGUGGGUACCGAGACAUACCUUAUCACAACAGAAUCCAUGCAACUGAUGUUCUACACGCUGUUUGGUACCUUUCCACCCAGCCCAUCCCAGGACUCCCAACUGUGAUUAAUGACCAGGGGUCAGCGAGCGAUUCAGAUUCUGAUAGUGGAAUCACUCAUGGUCACAUGGGAUACGUGUUUUCAAAGAUGUAUACUCCUACAGAUGACAGCUAUGGUUGCCUUUCUGGCAAUAUCCCUGCCCUAGAAUUGAUGGCCCUUUAUGUAGCAGCAGCCAUGCAUGACUAUGAUCAUCCAGGAAGAACCAAUGCCUUUUUGGUUGCAACCAGUGCACCUCAGGCUGUGCUGUAUAAUGACCGCUCUGUUUUGGAGAAUCAUCAUGCAGCUGCUGCGUGGAAUCUUUUCAUGUCCAGGCCAGAGUAUAACUUCUUAGUCAAUCUCGACCAUGUGGAAUUCAAGCAUUUCCGGUUUCUUGUAAUUGAGGCCAUUUUGGCCACUGAUCUGAAGAAACACUUUGAUUUUGUAGCCAAAUUCAAUGCCAAGGUGAACGAUGAUGUUGGAAUUGACUGGAGUAAUGAGAAUGACCGCAUGCUUGUUUGUCAAAUGUGCAUCAAACUGGCUGACAUCAACGGGCCUGCUAAAUGCAAAGAAUUGCAUCUGCAGUGGACAGAAGGCAUUGUUAAUGAAUUUUAUGAACAGGGUGAUGAAGAGGCCAGUCUUGGCCUUCCUAUUAGUCCUUUCAUGGAUCGCUCGGCUCCUCAGUUGGCAAACCUUCAGGAAUCUUUCAUUUCUCAUAUCGUGGGACCACUAUGUAAUUCCUAUGACUCAGCAGGGCUGAUGCCAGGGAAAUGGGUGGAAGAUAGUGAUGAAUCAGGAGACACAGAUGAGAACGAAGAAGAAGAAACAGGAGAAAUGGAAACAUGUGAAAACUCUGAAUCCAGAAAGAAAAAAUUCAAGCGGAGGAAAAUCUACUGCCAGAUCACUCAGCACCUGCUUCACAACCAUAAAAUGUGGAAGAAAGUAAUUGAAGAUGAAGAAAGGUUAUCAGGGAGAGAAAAGCAAGGUGUAGACCAAUCUACACUGCACCAAUCCUCAGAACAAAUUCAGUCCAUCAGGGAAGAAGAGGAGGAGAAAGGGAAACCCAAAGAGGAGGAAGAAGAGAAUACAACUAUUGAACUGAAACAAUGACAAUAUUUUCAGCAGUAUUUUAGACAAAAGGACUUGUGCACAGACUCCUUUUCCAAGCCAGCACAACGUUUAGACACAACACUGUAGAAAUAUGGGAUAAUGCGCCUACAACUGUUUAAUUUGUUUCUGUUUCCUUUUUAUGGUGAGGUACAUUGUUUAAACUCCUCUGCUCAAGGAAGCUUUCACACUGCAACACCGGCUUUUACAGACAUUCUUAAAGGGGUUGGGAGGGAGGGGGAUGGAAUUAUAUACAUAGCCAGAAUUAUUGGCUGUGCACUUCAGCAAAAUACAUUUAAUUAUAUAUUAUGGUCACUGUGAUAUUACAGAAGGAAGUUGUCAGCGGAAAUGCUGCUUCUAAAGCACAUUUGCAGUUAACUGUAAGGUACCUGUUAAGUAGCUUUUGCUCUUACUGCUGAAGGCUAAAAGUUCCAAAGCUUUAUCAGAAUGCUGAUACAUCCUGCCAGCAUAUCUGUGUGUGGGGGCAUGCGUGUGUGUUUGGGUGGAUGUAAUAUAUUAUUAUGUGGUGUGAGUUCUUAUUAGACUAGUAUAGCACAUGGCUCAAGACAUGUGAACAAACAGAAGGCCCCAGGUUUAGGAAAUUUGUGCCAGUUGGAAAGUGGAGCCCUUUGUAAGGCACUCUGAUUUUGCAGUAACUCCUGAAGUCUCCUUUCACAUUCUGGCUGCAGGCACUGCUGCCUUUCAGCAGGAGCCAACCCACUCAGGCAGCUGACGUGGUACCAUUUAGUGGCACUGAGCUCCCAACCAGCUGGAACCACCUUUUGCCAAACUGCUGGCAACAGGGAUGUGCCAUGAGAACUGUUCUCCCAGAAGAGUUAAAGGAGGUUUGUGUGGCACACAUUGUUACUGAUCUUCACAAAAACUGGCCCCCUGUACACCUUUGAAUGGGUUUAUGGUUUCAGAGGGCACUGAGCGUGUGCAAGAGAGAAAGCAUGGAAAUCAAUUGCACACUAUAUCAUUCUCCCCCCCAGCCUUACAUUUCACCGUGUCAGUGGCCAAAAACAUUUUAAAACUGAAGCUUAAAUUGUCAUCUAUUAAAUGCAGCCAGAGGAGAACUGUGGGACCAGCGGCUGCUUGAGAUCAAAAGGCAAUUAGUGCUUUACCAGAAAGGUGGGCAUAAGGGACUGCUGCUUGUCCACAUUAGCCAGAUACUUAUGCCUCAGCAACCACUCGUACCAGCUUCAGAGAAUGUGGUCUGGCAGCAAAGGUGCUGGAUGGCGGCAAUUUGCUGCCGGCAUUCUGCUUGAUCCCACCAAUGUACUGUUUUGCUCUUUAUUAUAAUUAUUAUUAUUAUUAUUUUUUUUUUUUAAGAAAAAAUUUGGGCCUGUAGAAAAACAGAUAAUUCUUUUUUGUCUGUUUCUCUGUUGUUUAUGCUGUGAGCUAAACGUCUAUUUAAAAGAUUGAUAUUCACUUUCAUUAUUUUAUUUCACAAUAUUAUAUUUGUCAGUGAUUAGUUAUCUAGAUGUAAAUAUGGAGAAAUUUUUAUGGGUUCCUGUAGAUAAUGAAAUCUUUAAGAAAAAAAAAGGGGGGGGGGAAUGUUUUUGUAAAGGUAAUUUUUUAAAAACACCAUUUUUUAUAAAGAGUAGCCAUUUCCUAGCCCAACAAAUGAGGUCUUGAGUGGUUUGUAUAGAGCCUUAUGGGAAAUCACUGGUCUACAGUAUCAAGGAAUUGACAUAUUAAUGCUUACUGUUGACUGUGUAGCAUCAGUUAUUACCAUGCAAGCUAAAGAUUUAUGAUCCUACAAAAGACUCUGAGUUUAGUAUCUUACAGGAGAGUGGACUGAUGAUGUAUGUCUCUUAGAAUGUGAUCCUGCCAUUCUUAUCUAAAAAAUGGGAUUCAGCAAGGCUACUUAUCUGAGUAAAAAAUUGCUUGCAAAAGUAAAAGUUUGCAGGAGCAGCCCCUCCUGUAUCAACUCAAGUUUCUGAUAUAUCCAGCCCUCACCUCCUUGUAAUUAUGCCCUUCACCGGAUUUCAUGAUUCAUUGGUACCUCUUGGAAAAUGACAGAAAACAUUCUGUUCUAAACCAACUUGUGUAUGUGUCAUCACUUCUGUAUUUUUCUCCACCUCAUUCAUCAUUUCAAAUGGUCCUUGGCAUGAAAACAGUCUUUGUUUCUUACAGGUUUCCUUUUCUUCUUAUCCUUUCUUCUCUAUAACCUUCUGGAAGUGGAAGACAUACUCCACUGUUUGAAAGCAUGACUUUGGAUGGUGUCAGCAACAAAAGGAUCUGAUUAAUUCCCUCCUCCAAAAAAAAUUAGUGACUGUACUUAUCUCAUUUUUCUCUCCCUCUCUUUUCUAAAUAAGUACAAUUUUAAAAAAAUCAAAAUUUAUUCCAAGCAACAUGGGAUAUCUUUCAAAGAUUUCUCCAAGGCGCUGGUAGAUCUGCAACAAUUCAAGCUUGUGUUCCUAUUCAGACAGUCCCAUAGUUUGUUUUUAUAAAUAAGAUAAAACAGAAACUUCUCCCAUUUUUUGAAGCAAAAAUCAAACUCCCUGAGAUAUUGCAGAAUUUCAUGUCCCUGUGUGCUUUGCAGUGGAUGCCAGUUGGAGAUGGAUUUAAUAUUUUAAAUUAAAACAAAAGUAAGAAAUAUCCUGAUUUAGAUAAAUAAACCAUAGCUCAAAGAUGUUAGUAAGAGUACGCUUGCUGUAAUAAGGGGGAGACAUCCUAAAUAUGAGGCCAAAUCCUGUUAGCUUUUUAUUCAUAUAAAUAAUCCUAUUGAAGCCAAAAGAAUUCCUUGCAUGAGUAUGGGCAAAAAAAAUUAGUGACUGUACUUAUCUCAUUUUUCUCUCCCUCUCUUUUCUAAAUAAGUACAAUUUUUAAAAAAUCAAAUAAAAAAAAUCAAAUAAAAAAAAAGUGAAAGUACAGGUUUGCCUGUGCAAAAUAUUGCUUAAAAUAGAGCUAUAGGAGAAUUUAAGGAUAUUUCCUUCAUUGUCUGUUAGUUUUGGUUGCUACUGAACACUCUCGGUGCCCUUUUGGGAUUCAUUGAGCUCACCUUUAUUGCUAGUGUUGUAAUGCAGCUGAUGGCACAGAUUAAUAUACUAUUAUACAAAGCUAUUUUGUGGAUGCAAUGUGACAAACUCAGGUCUUUCUGUCUGUCAGUCUUGGAACAAGAACAAUGACCGUUAUUUUACCUAAGCUGUGUAACAGGGGCAAUUCUAGUGAAAUCAGAGCCAGAUGGAACUGAUUAACUUGACAAUAGAUUACUGCAGCAUUCAGUCAGUAAAACAUCCAUUUUAUCUAGUCACCAACCAAAUAAUACUGUUGCACUCCACAUGGCUACUGGCAGAGUACAACUUCAGUAGGUGGCAAACCAUUUAUAAAUUUCACCCAGUAUAUUUGGAAAUGUGUUUCCAGCAAGAAAUGACCAGGAAACAUCCCAGGUGUGUGUUUAAUUAAGAAACAAUUUGUAUUGAAUACAGUUUAGUUUAUUUUUGUUUUAUGGGGUUUUUUUGUUCUGGGUUUUUGUUUGUUUUGUUUUCAUUUUUUUUUUUUAAUAGAUAACAAACAAGUAGUUGGUUACCUGAUUUAUGUAAUGAUCUUGCUCCAAGAAAAAGGGAAGAGCUUUCAGUGAGAAGUUGCAGGCUUUUUUUUUUUGUUUCUGCUUUCCUCAGUGCUUCGGUAUUGUUGUUCCCAAAUAAGCACCAUCUCUGCAACUUUCUUUUGGGUGGGGGUGGAAUAGGGGAGCGGGAAUGAAUUAAGUUCUAUCUCCAACGUUCAGUUUGCAGGUAAUGAACAAAUUGAAUUUUUAAAAGUUGAUAUGAAGAUCUGGUAUCUACUACAUACAAAUUAUUUAUUAAAUGCUGAAGAAAACAAAUACCACUUAAAGAAUCAAUCCCGUAAUGAAAAAAUGAUCUCUUUGAUGAGAGGAGCCCAGGCCUCAAUUUUAUUGGCAUAAAAAAAAAAGAAAUAUAGGUUAUGAUGCCAAUUUUCAAACAGAUGUCAUUUGUCUUCUCUGUUGUAAUCACGAAAUAUUUUUGUAGUGUUUUGUGUUCCUCAUUUUGGAAAGAAGUAUACUGACUGACCAUGUAACCACUGCAUGCAGAAAUCCUUCUUUUCUCCAUCUUCUCAUAAUGAUACCCCAUUUGCUGUUGAGUCUUGUUGCUGGUAAUUGAAUAUGGCUCAUUUGUCAGUAGUCAUGUUUUGCAUUUCUUCUGCAGCGCACAGAUGGUAGGGACUGGCUAAAAACUCACACUGUUUAUGUAAAUGCCGUCAAAAUGGAACUUAAAUUAUAAGCACUCUGAAUUUUGUUUUCUGGAAUCAGAAUCUGCCUAGGUCAAGAAAAUAGCAAUCAUGACUAUGUUCAGGUGGUCAGAUAAAUUUACCUUCAUUUGCUCUAAUACUAAUAGGAAUCUGGUAUCACACUAUGAGUUUUGAUCCGAUGUGUAGAACACCUAUCACCACACGUCUUAGAUAUCUACUACCUGUGUUUUAGAUUUUUCCAGGUGCUGCACUCAGACAGUAGGGCUUUGAGUUGCAGGGCUUUUAGAGGGAAUAAGGGAUUCUAUUGUGCUACUGAUGACAUUUCAAGUUUCUAUUCUCUGUGAGUGAGAUUCACUUGUUAUAGAGAAUUAGAAAAUGACUCUGUAUUACUAAUAUCCUAUUUUGAGUGUGUACAUAGGCCUGAAGUGGUGUAUGGGCAACAUACUGGCUCUUGAAGGGCUGAAUUUCACUUCCUGAGAGUAGGCUAUUCCAAAGGUAGUUAUAUUUUGGGAAAUAUUUUUUUUAAAUGGAAAGAAUACAUAUUCUACUCAUUACUCAGGUUUUACUCAGGCCUGUGACAUGAGAACUCUCCCUAUGAUCAAUAGAUCAUAUCCUGCAUCAAGAGCCACACUUGCUCAGCCACCCUUUAAAACCUAGGAUACAUAGUCCAGCAAAGGGUUGAGAGCUGCAAUGAAGCAAAUCACACUUGUGCAUGCAUACUACACCCUGAAAUGGAUUUAAUAUUGUUACCUCAGUGAGGUGCUUGGGUGUGUUCCAUUAAAAUUUCUUGGAAAGGCAUCUUAGUAUGCACCUAGAUAGCAUUGCUCAAAGGUGACUGCAUUACAUCUAACACCUAAGGUAUAGUAUGUACAGGGUAGGUGUGGCAUGCUUCACUGCAGUGUUCCCUGGUACAAUCCUUUGAUGAAGAUGUGCUCCAAGUAUUGUAGCAGUCUAACUGCCUAGAUUUCAAAUGUACUUAAGUGACUAAGUGCAGGUAGGCACCUAGUGAAAUUUUCAGCUUAAGUAGAUUAGGUGCUGAAUGCACCUUGAUUUAAAUAUCUGCCACCUUUUGGCCAGUUAGGUUCUUCUGAAGGUCCCAGUCAGUGCCUCUCUGCCUCUUAAGUGCCUCAGUGCCUUUGAAAUCUGGGUUCAUCUCCUAUCUUUAAGGCACUUUUUUAAAAAUAGGACUUAGUAGGAUUUUCAUUAUGAUUGGGCUCCUAAGCGCCUGUUGCUUUUGAAAAUGGCACUUGAACUCAUAAGCCACUUACUUGGUUUCCAAAAUUUUAAUUUUAGUUAAAAUUGAGGCAAGAUGUUACAGUUGGGUCCCAAAAUAUUAAUAAAUCCCUUACAGAGCUGGGCUAUCUUACUUCAUAAAUGAGUUAUGAUUUUCCAUUAAUGGGAGCAUUGCUGUGUACAUCAAAGUGUCAAGUCAUCACCAUGUCAAGUCUGUUGUCCCACUGAUUUCUGCAGGACUGUUUGAGAAAUGAGGUGCUUCUCAGUACAAGUCUGGCUGGCAGAAUAAAGUUCAGUAUACCAAUAAAGUAGAUGUUUUGUCAACUUAUAUCUCAGACAUACCAGUUAAGUAAGCCAUGCAAGUUCCAAUGGCACUCUUCUUUGAUGCAUACUAAAAUAUUAACACUUAAUCAAAAUAACUAUGCAUUAUUUGGGGUUAAAACGAAAAAGUAGAUUGUCAGAGUACUGCACUUCCAUCUUUCUAGUGAAGAGGCAUUUUCACACUUUUUGGUAUAACUCACAAGGUUUUCAUAUUAUAUUUACAUUAUUGCUAUUGUUAUAUUUUCCUCUAUUCACAUUGAUGUGGUUGAGACAUUCUGAAGUCACAUACUAACCCAGAAAGAUUUUAACUGAAGCAGGAGUGAUGUGUGACAAGAAUAAAUGGAGCAUUUUUAUGACAUAUUAAUGGCCACAUUGCUUGGCUGCAGGGUACCUGAGGUUUUAUCUAGAGCCAAGGGUGUGCCUUUUUUAUUCCAUUAAAGAACUGUACUUACAGUGCACAGAGGAAAUAGGCACCAAGAAUCAGUCAGUCUUUUCAUCCUUGGAAAGGGAUAUUUGCCUAAAAACUUCAGCAUCCCCAAGUUGGCAGCAUAACAGUGAUGUAAUUAGCCGUGAAGCUGAUAUGAUUUUAAGCACAAAUGGAGAAGGUUAAGUUGGCAAGUCUCAGAAAAGACUGAAUGAAAACACAGUUUGAAAUAAACUUGAAACAAUAAAAUGAACUUGUACUUUCUUCCAAAGCAAGGUCCUGCUAGUGUGUGAGGCAAGCAUUACAUUUCAAGUUUGAUAACACAAGUCCUGUUUGGCAUUCAAGUAUCCAUGAAUGACUAAAACCACUAAAGAGAAUUUUACUUCCCUUAGACUGAGAAGGAAUAGGAGAAAUUUUAAAUGAACUCACAAUUUGAGGAGCCCUUUGAGGUCUGUGUUGUUAAUCAGCAUAACCAAUGGCAGCCUGUAUUGAAGAACAAGUCAAUUCAAGAGGGGUCAAGGGGGAGAAGAUAUGACUUUAUUGUGUCUUUGGCCAGCAUCCCGCCUUCUCAAAGAAAAUGUGGCCAUUAAAUACCAGAGAAGGGACUACUUGAAUAAUGAAAAUGGUGCUGACAUUUACUUUAAGCAGUUGAAGAAUUAAAUAAAUGGGUUGCUUAAUGGAGGCAGAUGGCUCUUGAAGAUGGAGUAAAAUCAAAUUCAGUAAAAUAAAUUUCAUAGAUUUCAUAGACAUUAGGGCUGGAAGGGACUUGGGAAGAUCACCGAGUCCAGCCCCCUGCCCCAGGGGCAGGAAGUCAGCUGGGGUCAUAGGAUCCCAGCAAGAUAAGCGUCCAGAUAUCUUUUGAAGGUGUUCAGAGUAGGUGCUUGAACCAUCUCCAGCAGCAGUCUAUUCCAGACCUUGGAGGCUCGGACAGUAAAGAAGUUCUUCCUUAUGUCCAGCCUGAAAAGGUCAUGGAUAUUUCAUGAUAGUGUGGUGGUGUUUCUGGACUGCCUGAUGAAUAAAAGUCCCUAAUUAGUUUGCUUACGUCCAGUUUACAAAAAGGAAUCCUCUGGAAGUAAUUGGAAACAGUUUUAGUGACUGCUGUUUCUGAAGUGAAAUUCACCCCUGUGCUGAGAGGCCUGUGCAAUGCUCAACGUACAACAUAAUUCCCAGUAAAAUCCUCUUCUGAGGAUUUAAAUGGGGGGAAUAAAUGCCAGCCUAAGCAUGGACAGCCACCUCUGUGCUGGAUAGGUAAAUAUUAUCCUGACGUUUUCCAGACUGCCAUUUUCUUGAAUCCUUAGGAAGUGAUAAACUAUGCCCAGUUUAUAUUAAAUAUACUGAAACAAUCAUAUGAAAUAAUGCCCGAGCAGUUUUUAAAGUCCAUUACAUUAUGCAACAAAAGGGAUCAAAAGAUUGACCUCUACCAGGCUUUGUGGCUGUAACUGAAACAUAACAGGAAUCAUUGUUUUUAUGCAGUUAACCUUAAGAAAUUGCCAGUUUUGCUUUGGAAGCCUAUGGAAGGAUCCUGCUUCCCAUACCUCAGUAUUUGCAGUAUUCCCUACAUUUCUGGACCCAAACUGGCCAGUUUUUAAGGCUGAUCUUGUCGUCUACAUUUAUAAUCAUCCACCCCAGGUCAUUGUCUCUUUGUCUAGCUUUUCUGAAUGAAAGAAAGGGUUUUGGACCCGAGUAUCUGAAUCAUACAAUUCUAUUUUUACACAAGCCUUUGCUUGGUGGAAGAGGAGUAAAAAUCAAUAAUGUCUGUUUUAAUUGGUGUCUUUGGGUGGCUUUCUGGGUUAUUUGUUUUGCUAUUUCUGAAUGUAAGUUUCAUAUUAUGUUUAGGCUAUGACAGUUCCACAGUGUUACACCAUUUCUGAUGAGCCACAAAAGCAACCUGAAAUGUUUUGAUGUAUGUGUGCAUUAACAUGCAUGUGGAGCUAAUGAAAAAUUUGUUGGCAUGCAAAUAUUGUAUUCCAACUGCAAAGUAACUGAGAGAAACAGCAUGAGUUUUGUCUUAAUGCUAUAUUUAAAAAAAUAAAAAGAAAUGUAAAGAAUGUUUAUAGUCAAAGCUAAGGACCAGUGCACUCACUAAUGUGGCAAACAAAAAAAAUUAUUGCUCUGUUGUUUCAAAUAAUCCAGUAUGUGUUAGUUUUAAUCUGUUUUGAGUUGCAGAAGAAGCUUCACUUACAGCCAUUAGCCUGUAGGUGGUAUAGGACCAGAGACUGUGGAGAAAAAAAGGUAUAUGAGGGAUUGAAGGGGUAGGGAGCAGAGAGAAGCACAUAGUUGGGAAUUUAAUGUGAUGUCUAUACAGUAGCUGGAGAAAUCUCUCAGGAUAUAAAACAGUCCAAUACUAUAUCACCUUAAUUUGGUUUGUUCUUAGUAUUGCUCUGAAGCAAAUGGGCUAAAAGUUUCCGUUCUUCAACACUGUCUUCCUACACACAAAGAACACUUAGGAACUAUUACUCAAUGUGAAUUAAGAGUUACAGUUUGCAUUUAAAUAUUUAUAUGGAAAAUAGUUGCAUUUUUUCCCCUGACUGUAGUAGCAUUGCCAUGGUGUUAAAAAAAAAAAAAAUGGACGCCUCUAAUGUGAAAAACAAUUAAAUAAUGAUUAAUUGUUUGCCAUGCAUGUAUAUUAUGUUUUGGGUAGAAAGCCCCAUCUAGGUUAGGUAUUAAUACUUUCCUUCCCCCUGACAAAAACCGAAGCAUAAUGAAAAUCUACAUCCUACUGCAAAGUUUUAGUUUUAGGUAUUUAUUGAUUUAAUAUAAUAUUUCAAAUCAGUAUUUUUAAAAGAUCAAAAACAGCAUUUAUAACUUAUAUAAUGUUGUUUGUACUUUAACUGUUUUGACUAUGUCAAUAUAUAGUUAAUCCUUCUGAAAAUGCUCAGUUCUUUUCUUAUUUUAUAGCUGAUAUAACAUACUUGCAAGGGGGAAAGGAAUCUUAAGUUUGCAUUCUUUUUUUUUCAUUGCGAUGCAUACUGUAGCUCAUGCUUAACUGAUAACAUUUUCACUGAUGGGUGGCAGUUUAUUUUUUUAAGGCUUUUGAUCAAAGAAAAUCUAGUACUGAUACUGCAACAGAAAUUUCAUUUAAAACUUGCCUGAGCAAAACCAUGUAAAAGUAGUAACAAUGUAAGUGACUCAAAAUUUUAGUAUGGUUUUGUCAUCUGGACAAUGCUGAGAUCCGGUGCCUGUGUUUGUGUACAUAUAAUACACACACAAAAAAAAUGUGUUGGGCAGCAGAUUGAAUCCUGUAAAAAGUAAGAGUGAAAUCAUUCUGCCAAGUUCAAAAUAUUUUCUGAAUGAAAAAUUUAGAUGUGGUCAUUAUUUGAAAUAGCUUUUUUUCUCUCAAGUUUUUUGAGCCAAACUGAAGAAUCUAUUUAUCCUCAACGCUCACAUUUAGGACAACAGAAGCUGUUGGCUACAAAAGAAAUUUUGUUUGCUCCCUUUGAGGUACUGAAUCUUUUUAAAUCCCAUUUCAUGAGGUUUAGACUCCAGUCUACUUCUAAUUCAGUAGGAGCUGAGGAUGCUCAGUAUCCCAAAUAAUCUUUUAUGUAUGAUCUAAGUCUUAAUCAGUUCUAGUAGUCAUUUGCUAGUAAAUUGAAACUGUAAUAUAAAUUAAACUAUCCUUCAUGUUUCACUUAUGGAGAAACACAUUUUUAUAAGGUUAUAUAUGAAAAGCUUGUCUGUGUAUCUUGGGUAUUCCUACAAAGCAAUAUUUUAAAAAAUAACUGCCAACCAAAGUGGCAAUGCAGAAAAGUGCCAUCUUAUUCAAGAUUUGUACAUGCCAAUUUUUAAAAAAGUGUUCUUUUCACUAAGUACUACAUACAUUAAUUUAUAUUUAUAUAUUGCCAAUAUUGUUGUAACCAAACUUGUUUUUAAACACGUCAAGAACAAGGCCUUGUAAUUUUUAGGUGAUGAUCUUUCAUAAACAGAAUAAUUCUUUUCCUUUCACUAGUAUCUUGCACUCAGUACAUGUAGCAAUACUUAAUAUAUUCCCUUCACAAGUAUUUGUUAAGUGAUUUAGUUAAUGGCUGAUAAAUGUUUUGUACAAAAUAGAUUCUGUACAGGAAAAAAUCUUUUAGAUAAACAUUAUUUAUUUUUACUGUUUUGUAAGUUAGACACUAUAAUGAAGCUCCUUUUUGCCAGAAUUACUGGAAGUGCCUCUUGGUAAAAUGUAUAAUACAGUAAAUAUGUCUUAGAUAUACUUGUCACAAAAUGAACAAUUGUGGAUGUUGCAAUGUCAAGACAACGUACAACAUAAAUAUAAUUCUGUGGUAUCAUG